AUGUAAGAUUGUGCAGCGGAGUAAAAUUUCAUGAAUUUCUUACAACUGGAAAAAGACGGAAGUUAGUUUGAAGAAAAUUCUUCACAAUUGAUUAUCUCAAACCAAGAGAAUCCUUCGUUAACUUAAAUAGCUGAUUUAAAUCUUAUGCCCUCCGGUCAUUAAGCCAAAAAGAUGAAGAAAAGGAAGCGAGUUGACUUCCACUACAAAAGAAGAAGAAGAAGCAACAAAAAUUCUGAAUUGAAUAACACAGCUCCAUUUAACUUCAAUGAAGAUCAAAAAAUAUUGUCCCUCGUACUUGAGCAUGGACCGAAGUUCUCAGUUGUUUCAAGGUACUUUAAUGAUAGAAAUCAAAAUGCCAUCAAGAAUAGGUAUUAUAAAUACCUUCGAUUCAGGUGGGAUCAAGUACUAGGAAAGUAACAAGAAUAUUCUAUAUUAUCCCUAGUGACUAUCUACAUCUUAAUUGUCGUAAAGAAGGGGACCUCUAUCCAAGUCAGGACAUCGAAUAAACCAUAUAGGAGAUGAAUUUCUUUCCUGAAGUUACAGACAUUUUGUCAUCCUUUGUUUAAAGAGUCCAUUCUUAUUUUAAUUGA